GGAAUCGAAAUCAGGAGAACUCGAUAGCAAAAGUCUGGGAGUAAGAAUAGCUGUGUUUGCGACACUGUGCUCAAUGCGCGCAGAUCAGCAGAUGGUUGAUCGGUCAUCACCACGCUUCUUGAAGCUUGAACUUGCAGGUGAGCUUUGCCGGCCUAGACUUGUGAACGAGGGAAGAAGACAACGUUACUUUGCUUGACAGUGAUGAAAGCUGGACUGGCCAUCGUCCAAAUGGUUGACUGUUUGGUGCAACAAUUGCCUUGUUCUGACGGAUGACAGCCGUGACACUGUAGCACCUCACCGCCAACCCUUCACAUGCUGGCUGUUUGCCCCAUGACUGAGAAAGACAUUGAGCACAAAGCCACCGCAUUUAAAGCCAGGCGGCAAGAAGCGGCAGGCAAGGAGGUUUUGUGUCCGAGCACCGCAAGACCUAGAACAACUCAGAGCCCGACGGGGAGUUAGGCAGGCGUACCCGCGGUGAGCACCCUUAUGACUUGUCCGAAACAGCUGGCCGAGCUGGUUGCUAUCUGUUGUUGCAGGCAUCGGAUCGUCUCUCCUGAACCGAAACAAGCACGACGCACCAUGUCGGCAUGCACUUGACAUGCCGCCCUUUCUCACUAGUCACUUUUCAGCUCAGCAAGAAGAAGCAACCACGGGGAGGGGAGAUGUGAGUCCGGAGAAGUAGUUUGCCGAGUGCUUCCACGACGGCCCGAAGAGCUUGUUUGUUUCUUGCUCUGGGUGGUCAUGAUGGUGUGUCCAGAAGACUUGAUCGGCUUUGAGUGUCAGUUCUGCUUCGUGAUACUAUCAAACAUCAUUGGUGAGUGGUCGUUACUUGACAAAGCCAGCGAUGUGGUUGGGCGAGGCAGAGUGAAAUGUUUCGUCACAUACCAAGUCGGAUUGAGUUCAAGUUUUUUUUUUUUCCUCCCUGGCUUGCGUUGCUUCUUCUGUCUGUUAUCUACCAACAGGAAGGCUAUCCGCUGUCUCAGCGGAAAAAGAAACCAGCAUGGCGAUCCUGCCGCCCUUUAUCAGCCCCUCCAUCCCCCUCACCAGAAUGAUGAUGAUAAAUGGAGGGAGACGUCCGGUCGUUCAGGGUGUGAGGAAAUCACCUUUUUCCAGAGCAGUUGUGUCUUCUAUCACUCGUUCCUUCCAACAAACACUCUUUUAUGGGUCAGUUGCUGGUCAUAAUUCUCGUCGCCUUACCGCCUUAUACCACCGCCCUUCAAACCGCCACUCAACACCGCUCUCCUUCCAGAGCGACUCUGAGACCGACUUUGCCCUGAGCAUCGAGUGCACCCUGAACCAUACCACACCAGGUCACAGGAUAAUCUCCCAUCAUGUGCGAGUACAAGCAGAGAGAGUACCUCAUCUGCGGCCACCUGCGCUGGCUCGCGACCAAGCAUUGCGAAAAGUUCACGCAGUAUGGCAAAAUUGCCAGGUGUGAGCCCAAGAUUAUGGAGUUUGAGGAGUCUCCCAAAAUCUGUGGCAACUGCCUCACCAAGGACAACCCGCCGCACCUGAAACUCAUGUUGGAUCCUAACUCGCCCAUGGGGCGCUAUUUAUCCCGCCCUUGAGGCGGUUGGCUUCGGGCGGGCUCUGGAUGGUUGCAUGGGAAAAAUAAUCUGGGCCUCUUCUUUUCUGAUCAGAAUGCCUCUCGCUGUCUGCUUUCAAUGCCUAUUUCGAGUCUGACAGUGCUUUUGUGCUUCUUUUGAGAUCUCGGGCUGAUCUUGGAAGGCUCAUGUUUGAUGGCCCG